GUGCCAGGCCUAUAAAUGCAGGCCGUUGGGCAACCGCGUCACUUCCGUGGCACCCACCGCAGCCCCAGCACGAUGCUCCAGUUCCUCUGCCUCCUCGUGUUGCUGGCCAGUGACGGGCUCGCUGGGGCCCCAGGUCCUUCGGAGACAGAAAUCCGGUCCAUGAGGCUCCCCCAGCACGCCAGGGUCCUCAUCUCCUCACAAGAGGACUUUGACUGCGCAGGAAAGCUCUUCGGUUUUUACCCCGACACGAAGAGCAAUUGCAAGGUGGUCCACAUUUGUCACCCCGACCUCUCCAUCAGAAGCUUCUUCUCGGGUAAAAUCUUCUCAUUAUACUGCGCUGGAGACACCGCAUUUGAUCAGAGAACACUGACGUGUCGCCGGACUGAUAUCGAAAUCCCCUGCUUGGGCGUACCGACGAUGUUCGAGAACGGCUCCCCGUUUAGCGGUUUUGUGAGGCGCGUAGUGGACCCAAUCAUGAAAAUAAUGAACUUCAAUGACGUGGAGCGAUCUGAAGUACUUCGAGGGUCGACAACGGACGCCGCUACCUCAUCUCCUAAGAAGCCAUCGUAUUUCCCGUUCAAAACUCUUCACCAACUUUCCCAGAACAUCUUGGAGAGCGCAAAGACUAAAUUCAAAGGCCCUUCAGCUGAAGCCACGGCAUUUAAUCGCAGGAUUGAUAUUGUCUCGGGUGAGACGAAUUCGACUGAAGAAAAUAACCACAGCAGCGAGGAAACUAUGGCUACGACUUCUUUCCCUGAGGGUGUAGAAGACUCUUUUGAAGUUACCACCUCGAUGCCGAUGGACUCGAUGCUUGAUGAAACUGGCGCUUCUUCGGAGACUACAGGAGACUUGCUCUUCAGAAGCUCAAAUUUGGUUGAUGAUUUUCAUGUUACAAACACUGGCUUAGUAUCUCAUCCUACACACAGGGUAGAGAGAAGUGUGACAGAGGGAGGGCUUAAUGAUAUCGGGACCGAGUCGAUUGCUGAAUCUGAAUUCACAACCGCAAUGCCUGGCGAUCUCUGGAUGGAUGGGAUGUUGGUGCAGAUCGACAAUUGGAACCCAGUUUACGUCGAUGCUCCUCCUGAGUUUAUCGAAAAAUAUUCACAGGAAAGUGAUGAAGACGAGGACAUUGAUAACAGUUCAGAAGAGGUAGUUUUCACGACCCCGGCCAGCGUUUAAUUUUUUAGAGAAAACCUUGCAGCCUUGAACCGGUUUGAAAAUUGUUCCCAUUCAGUACCGAACUGCACUUUCUUUGACACCAGUGCACACAUGUUUAAUCAUCUCUACCUACGAAUCGCUUGACAAUUAUUACCCAUUUCCUACUCGCAGAUGUACAGUUGCGGUAACGAUUCUUUCAGAAGAAAAUUAAAUUGAAAAAUUGUAACGAUUUAAUGGAACAAACUUAAACGUACAGAUUACUAAUAUUUCUCAUAAACUAUUAUAGUAUAUUAAAUGUACAGGAUUCUGCAUUUAAUUUUUGCAAACACCAGGUUUUAGCAUGAAGUACGAAAUAAUUAUGAAUUAAUUUUCUGUAUUUUAAUAUCUUUUUAUGAUCAUUUCACCAUGGAGCUAGAUUUAUCAUCAGGGUCAUUAUAACUAAUCCAUAAAUUUUCUCAUUUCAUGGAGAGUCUUAAAGCAUAAUUUACUAAUAUAUAUCGCUAGAGAACAACAAUAUUGUUUGUGUGGCAUUAUUUUAAUAAACAAUUAUGCCU